UUUCUUAUGUUAUGCAAUAUGCUUUUGGUUUAUAAAUAAAGCUUAAAGAGAUAGCCAAAGCAAGUAACAAACAAACAGUUCAAUUAGCUGAACCUCCCUUCGUGCAUAACACAGAGAGAGAGAGAGAGAGAGAUGGAAAAGAACGGACAGAGAUGUGGCCGGUUGGUUCUACUGCCAUGUCCAUUCCAAGGUCACAUAAAUCCCAUGCUUCAACUAGGCACCAUCCUUCACUCCAAGGGAUUCUCCAUCACCAUUGUUCACACUCAGUUUAAUUCUCCUAAUCCUUCCAACCAUCCCAAUUUCAAGUUCAAUCCAAUACCGGAUGGCUUAUCUGCCGAGGAUAUCUCAUCCGGGGAUAUAGUAAGUCUUAUACAAAAGCUAAAUGUCAACUGCAAAUCACAUUUGCAGGAAUACUUGUCUCAAAUAAUGAUAGGACGACAAGGCUCACACGACGAUAUCUUUUGCAUCAUCUAUGAUGAACUCAUGUACUUCACUGAUGCCGUGGCUAAUUUUCUGAAGCUUCCAACUAUCAUUUUACGUACCACCAGCGCUACCACUCUUCUAGCUCGCACCACCCUUGCCCAACUCAAGGUAGAAGGUCUUGCUUCCUUCCAAGAUUUUGUCUCACAGGACCUUGUUCCUAACCUUCAUCCACUCAGGUUUAAGGAUCUACCCUUUCCCUUGAAUAGAAAUCUCGAAAAUUUUUCACAGGUAGUUAAUGAUAUCUACAAAAUGAGGACAUCUUCAUCAGCAGUCAUUUGGAAUACCAUGGACUGCCUUGAACGAUCAUCAUUGGCAUGUAUCCAACAACAAUGCCAAGUUCCAAACCUCCCUAUUGGUCCUAUGCACAAACUUGGUCCAGCCUCACCCUCUAGUAGCUUAUUGAAAGAAGACACUAACUGCAUGGCAUGGCUAGGGAAGCAAACUAAAAACUCAGUCAUAUACGUAAGCUUAGGAAGCAUAGCAUCCAUGAAUGAAAAAGAGUUAGCUGAAAUGGCAUGGGGACUUGCCAAUAGCCAGAAACCUUUCUUGUGGGUGGUUCGGCCGGACUCAAGUACUAACGGUAAAAGAAACAAAGUACUGUCUCAAUUUUACAAAGAAACUGUUGGAGAGAGAGGUUGCAUUGUGAACUGGGCACCACAGAAGGAAGUUUUGGCGCAUACUGCAGUUGGAGGGUUUUUGAGCCAUUGUGGUUGGAAUUCCACCCUUGAAAGCAUUUGUGAAGGGAUUCCAAUGAUAUGCAAACCAUGUUUUGGAGACCAGAGAGUAAAUGCAAGGUAUGUGAGCCAUGUAUGGAAGGUGGGCUUGGAAUUGGAGAAUGAGUUGGUGAGUUGUGAGAUUGAGAAAGCUAUAACAAUACUAAUGGCAGAUAAAGAAGGGGAAGCUAUGAGGGAAAGAGCCAAGAAUUUGAAGGAGAAAAUUGAACUUUGCAUUAAAGAAGGUGGUUCUUGCAACAGUUCCUUAAAUAAGUUGGUAGAGAUUAUCAUGUCAUUUUAAUAUAUUGCUUAUAUGCUAUUACAGGUGGCAUGUGCGAAACUAGGUCUCUUUUAUAUGUAUUAAAGUGUUGAUAUAUCAUGUUUGGAUUUAUUAUAGGGUAAAAAGCUAUUAUACGUGCAUCCAUACACACUUUAUUUUGAAUUUGAAAUUGUGAGUUAGAAAUUGUUUUUAUCUCACAAUUUCAAUUCAAAAUAAAGUGUGUAAGGACAUGUGUGUACAAGUUUGUGUAUAAUAAACAUU